AUGACUUCGCUCAAGCAGUUCAUCCGGAACGUGCGCGCUGCCAAAACAAUCGCCGACGAGCGGGCGGUAGUGCAGAAAGAGAGUGCAGCCAUCCGUGCAAGCUUUCGAGAGGAGAGCCACGACUCGAAUGUGAGGAGAAACAAUGUCGCAAAGCUACUCUAUCUCUUCACGCUGGGGGAACGGACGCAUUUUGGACAGAUAGAAUGUCUGAAGCUGUUGGCCUCGCCGCGCUUUGCGGACAAGCGAUUGGGCUACUUGGGCACCAUGCUGUUACUGGACGAGAACCAAGAAGUCUUGACCCUGGUUACAAACUCUCUGAAAAACGAUUUGAACCACCCCAACCAGUACAUCGUUGGCCUCGCUCUGUGCACCCUAGGCAACAUCGCUUCUGUCGAAAUGGCCCGAGAUUUGUUCCCAGAAGUCGAGACAAUUAUAGCAAGCGCCAACCCAUAUAUACGACGAAAAGCAGCUCUCUGCGCCAUGCGAAUCUGCCGAAAGGUCCCUGAUCUACAAGAACAUUUCCUGGAGAAGGCCAAGUUGCUCUUGCAGGACCGCAACCAUGGAGUACUCUUGUGCGGAAUCACGCUGGUAGCGAACCUUUGCGAGGCCGAUGAGGCCGAUGACGACGAACAGGGCGUCAGGGACAUGUUCAAGCCAGUCGUCCCCGCGCUGGUCAAGAUCUUAAAGGGCCUCUCUUCGUCCGGCUAUGCUCCUGAGCACGAUGUGACGGGCAUAACAGAUCCUUUUCUCCAGUGCAAACUCUUGCACCUACUUCGUGUCUUAGCACGUGGCGACGCAGAGGUCAGCGAACAGAUUAACGAUAUCCUUGCCCAGGUUGCAACCAAUACGGACUCCUCUAAGAAUGUUGGAAACUCAAUCUUGUACGAAGCAGUCCUCACCAUCCUUGACAUCGAGGCCGACUCAGGCCUUCGUGUGCUAGGUGUCAACAUCCUUGGAAAGUUCCUGUCAAACAGAGACAACAACAUCCGAUAUGUUGCUCUCAAUACCCUUAUCAAAGUAGUAGCGGUUGAGCCAAAUGCUGUUCAGCGACACCGUAACACAAUCCUGGACUGUCUGCGAGAUCCUGAUAUCAGCAUUCGGAGAAGGGCGCUUGACCUAAGUUUUACACUCAUCAACGAGAGUAAUGUUCGGGUCCUAAUUCGUGAACUGCUUGCUUUCCUAGAAGUUGCCGACAAUGAGUUCAAGCCUGUGAUGACAUCACAAAUUGGCAUCGCCGCAGAUCGUUUCGCUCCCAACAAACGAUGGCACGUUGAUACCAUGCUACGCGUCUUGAAGCUCGCCGGAAACUACGUGAAGGAACAAAUAUUAUCCUCAUUCGUCCGACUGAUCGCCACCACUCCUGACCUACAAACAUAUUCUGUUCAAAAGCUCUACGCUGCGCUGAAGGAGGAUAUCACGCAAGAAGGUCUUACUCUUGCUGGUUCUUGGGUCAUUGGAGAAUAUGGCGAUGCACUCCUACAGGGAGGCCAACCUGAAGAGGAAGAGCUUGUUCAAGACAUCAAGGAAAGUGACAUUGUCGAACUCUUUGAGACAAUUCUUGGCAGCAGCUACGCGGGUCUUGUUGUUCAACAGUACAUUGUCACAGCCUCGAUGAAGCUCACCACUCGGUUGAGUGAUGCGGCCCAAAUCGAGCGUCUUCGGAGAUUACUACAAAGAUAUGCAGUAAACCUCGAUGUAGAAACCCAGCAACGUGCAGUUGAAUAUGGUAAUCUCUUCGGCCAUGAUCAAAUUAGGAGGGGGGUUCUCGAGAAGAUGCCAGCGCCUGAGAUCCGCGAAGAGUCAAGAGUACUUGGAGAAGCGACCAAGAAAAGGCAUUCGAAAGUCAUCAAUAAGAAGAAGCCUGCACAAGCAGCAACAGAGGACCUGUUGCUCGAUCUGAUGGGUGAUUCAGGCCCAUCAAUGGAAGCGAAUGGCGCCGCCAAUGGCACUCAGCACAGCCAAGACCUUUUGGCAGACAUUAUGGGAGGAGGGCCUUCCAAUUCGUCGCCUCCUCCCGCCUCCUCAACGCCUCAGUCGAAUGUUGCGAACAUUAUGGAUUUGUUCAACUCCGGACCAUCGAGCUCUCCUGCACCUUCACAAUCAAGACCGCCUCCACAGGCUGCAUCUAUGGAUCUGGUCGGAGGACUCGGUGGCAUAUCAUCGCCGCCUCCUCAAACGUCAUUACCGUCUGCUGCUUCUGGCCCACCCGCACAUCCAGCAUACAACAAGAAUGGUCUUCAGAUCACUUUCCAACUGAAGCGAGACGCAAACGCUGUACAACUCCUGGCACGAUUCCGCAACACAGGCAGCUUUGCCCCGCUCUCGGGAGUAAACUUGCAAGCCGCCGUACCGAAAAGUCAAAAACUACAACUACAACCCAUCAGCACAACCGAGCUAGACAGUGGCCAGGACGCGACACAACAAAUGAGAGUCACAUCCGUCAAUGGACCACCACCGGCAAGGCUGAAACUACGGCUCAAGGUUACAUACUCGGCCAGUAGCGGAUCUAUUACUGAACAAGUGGACUGGGCCGAACCUAUUGCCCCUUUUGGUAGCGUGCCAUGCAGCGUGCCAUGCAAUUCCAAGUUUGUGAACAUGAAGCAUGCUCUCUUCUACUCGGUCGACGACUAUCAGUUACGCUGCAAAGAAGGGGCCGACAUGAGACCGGCUUGCUUGUCUAGACUUCAGCCAGGCGCUGAACUUGCGAGCGUGAUCGCAGCAUGGAAAAAGAUUCCCUCGAUAAGCAAGCUACUACAGUCAUUUGCAUGUUUGAAAGUGGUGUUCUAUGAUCGACCGAUCGAUCUAUCAAUCUGGUGCCAGAAAUCAAACGUUGCCGCCCCUCACGCUGCCUAG